AUGAAAACCUGUACUAUUGACGUAAACGAGAGAAACAACAAAAAGUUGGAGGAUUUAGUCGCUCCUUGGCGGUUAAAACCUCCACAAAACUAUUGCAUCACUAACACCAACCUCAUAGAUGUGGUGGAAGGUAAAACUCAUCCAGAAGCGUAUAUUUUCAUAAACGAGGGCAGGAUCUCUAAAGUCAACUUUGGCAGGGAACCUAAAUCAGAAAUCUCAAAAUAUUACGAGAUUAUUGACGGUACCGGAAAAUAUGUAAUGCCAGGCCUCUUUGACAAUCACGUCCACAUGGGCGCAGUGCCAGGCGAAAUGGGUUUAGCUCAACUAGCAAUGAUGCCCGAAAGUGUUGCCGUGUUGAGACUGAGGUUCACAAUGGAAGCAUCGUUGGCUAGAGGCUUUACGACAGUAAGAGACUGUGGAGGAAUUGAAGGGUUUGUGAAAGCUGCGGUGGCAAAUGGUUCCCUUAUCGGCCCAAGGCUAAUUACUUGUGGUCAUGCGAUCUCGCAGACGGGCGGUCAUGGCGACUUGCGUCCUGGGAGCCUACCAGCAAGCGCGUUUGAUAGCUGCUCCUGUCAUACAGGGACGGUUGGUGUCGUUGCCGACGGUGUCGAUGGGUGCUACACAGCUGCUAGAGAGGAGUUCCGCAGAGGCGCUGACUUUAUCAAAAUGAUGGGCAGCGGAGGUGUGGCAUCUCCUACUGAUAAAAUUACAAACCUUCAGUUUUGUCACGACGAAAUUAAAGCUUUGGUUGAUGUGGCCAAAACUUACCACACUUAUGUCACUGCGCAUGUUUACACGCCUGAAACGAUUCAGAACUGUAUCAAACUUGGAGUCAAGGGCGUUGAGCAUGGAAACCUUUUAGACGAAGAGACUGCCGAGCUCAUGGCCGAGCUAGGGUGCUGCUUGACUCCAACCUUAGUCACAUGUAAGAUCAUGGCGUCAGACCAAUUCGGAACAUUCCUGGGCCCGGUAAACCGUAAGAAAAACGCAGAGGUUCUCGGUCAAGGAAUCGACGCAAUAAAAAUUGCUCAAGAAAAGGGGGUAAAGAUCUGCUUUGGCUCUGAUCUACUAGGCCCCUUAGGCGGAUACCAGACACAAGAGUUUUUCAUAAGAGGGAAAGUUCAGAGUGCUCGUGAUGUCCUUUUAUCUGCAACCGUGACUCCAGCAGAGAUGAAUGGUUUGGGCAACAAGCUCGGCCAGGUGAAGCCUGGAUUUAUUGCUAAUUUGUUGAUGAUGAAAUCUAAUCCACUUGAAGAUGUGAGCAUUAUGGAUGAGCCAGAGACAAAUUUGGUUUUUGUGAUGAAGGAGGGAAGGAUAUAUUAG